UAUCACGUGACUGGUCACCGCGACUUCAGCGCGCCGUCCGCCUGCCUUGCCCCGUUCAGUUCGAUCGCCCGGAGCCCCAAAGACAACCAAUGCAGCGGCGGAGAUUGGCACUCCACUUCGACCAUGGCCAAUUCCUUUACUCUCCCUUUGCGUCCAUUGCUCGAGAAGAACGACCGGUCCGACUCCUUGUCGGCUGAGAUCGCCCAGAUCAACAACCAGUGGGGUUCCUUUCGAGAUGUAAAUGAAGAGAUCCUGCGAACCGAGAUUGCCAAGGAGAAGGAGCAGGAUGGUUCCCAGGAUGAUGAGGGGGCAGGAGAGGCCGACACGACCGAACGCCUAGAGCAGUUAUACAAACGGCGAGCAGAAAUCACGAAGUUUGCCAUGCAAGCGCACAUGGAAACCAUGUUUGCCCUAGAUUUUGUUUCCCUUGUCCUCUCCAAACACGCCCCGCGCCAGGCUGAGACGUCCAUGUCCGCCUACCUGAAACAGGUCGCUCCGCUUGGUUCGCUGAGUUCCGAGGUCGUCACACCUCCUCCCAAGCCGGAAUCCGCAAAGAAAGAUAUCUCGGUCAUCUCCCGCGGGUGGAGAAUCCAAAACUUCAACUCGGCUGCGAAUAAACUGCUGAGCGCCGCCUCUCGACUCGAGACGGAAGUCGCCUCGGAGGCGCGAUACUGGAAUGAGGUGCUAGAGGUUAAGAACAAAGGAUGGAAGAUAUGCCGUCUGCCCAGGGAAAGGCAAUCACUAGGCGUGCAAUAUGGCUUCUUAGAAGCUACUCCAAUCUUCCGUGAUCGUGGACUAGCUUGCCUACGACGAGCCGAUGAUGGAGGAUUGAUACUGGACAGAGGAUUGGUUCCGUCUAAACCCCGGCUGGUCCGCGUUCAAGUCAAGCGGCAUGAUCAAAUCGUUAGCUGCUCUACGCUGCCGCGCCCUACAUCGAAUGAUCCAGAGUCGAUUGAGCGUCGCAUUCUGCAAGCGCGUGACACCGUAUUUGAGGAGGAGCUGUUCCACGAACUAGUCCGAGAAGCUCGGCCAAUGGCCACGCACGGCGUGACGACUCGCCAGAACCUCAUUCGUAUCCCCACCUCGGAGGAUCAUGAAAUUCUGAUCGAUCUGGUGGAUGCCAACGACGAUCGUCUUCAGUCCAACCUCUCUCAUUCUCAACAAGACCUCUUGCUUGCGGAUGCCCUAGCCCUCUCUAUUCGUAUCCUGCUGUCCUACGCCCAUCGUCAGAAUCUCCGGCGUCGGACCCAGGCCCCGCCGCCGCUGACUCCGAAGCGACGACCCAUCCCAGAAUAUCAUCUUUUACGUCCGGCCAUCGCUUAUUUCCAGCACAUGUCACAUGUCCGAUGGCUCGAAACAUUCUUCAAGGACAUUUUUGGCGUCUUGCAAGCAGCUGGUCUCGAUUCUGCCCGAUACAUUGCCGAUUUAGCUUCCACAUGGAAGCCAGCGAAUGCGUCUCGUGCUGAAGCCCCUGUUGAGGCAUUUGUCGAGAAGUUUCUUACGCCCCUGGAAUCUACGUUCAGCGGGAGUCUACUCACGCCUCAGGGUUCUUUUAUUGUCACCAUCAGAACCAAUCUUGCCUCGCCACCAUUCGGUACCAACUUUGAGGUGUCUUGCAAUAUGCCGAAAUACGCCGACCUCAAAUCACCCGGUCGCAUUGCCUCAAAGGACGAGGUCGAGGCUGCCAUAACCCAUCUCCUGAUGCUCGAUAUCGUCUUUACUAUCGCUUCCCACGCACAGCCAACACCGAAGCCUGUGCAAGACUUAAAAGAGUCAGAAACAUGGGAUGUGGUGUAUCCGCAUCUGGGCGAGUUGAUAAUGCCAUCCUCUAACCCAGAAAGGCACACCAAGAUGAAGGUCGUGCUGUCCCGUUCCGAACUUUCUCUCGAAGCCUACACCGUGUGCAACAUUGAUGGUAUCGGCCGAGGGAGAUGGGAAUUCCGUUCGGAAGGCUCAAAAUCUCGGACCUGGAAAUCCAGUGUGUCGCUGGAUCAGCCUGCGCUGAUGGACUUUAUUGCUGCCGAGUCGUCUUGCGAUAAAUGA